CUGGGCAUAUGUGACGUCACUUCCGCCGCUGCAUGUAAACAAAGCGGAGUCUGGCUGCGGUGUUUCAGAUGUAAACGGACUGAGUUAAAGCGGAGAAACGGACGUUAAAGUUCGGUUAGUUCGGACAGCUGGAAGUUUGAGAGAUGGAGCUCCGCUCCGACUGAGCAGGGAACAGCAACAUGUCGAUGGAGGACCCGUUCUUCGUCGUUAAAGGCGAGGUGCAGAAGGCAGUAAAUGCGGCGCAGAGCCUCCACCAGCGAUGGAGCGAGCUGCUGCAGGAAGGGGGAGGAGCCUCCAAGGAGGAAAUGGACUGGACGACCAAUGAGCUGAGGAACAGUUUACGGUCCAUCGAGUGGGACCUGGAGGACCUCGACGAGACCAUAAGCAUCGUUGAGUCCAACCCGAAGAAGUUUAACCUGGACGCAGCCGAGCUGUCGAAGAGGAAAGCUUUCAUCACAAGCACCAGACACACCGUCAAGGAAAUGAAAGAGCAGAUGUCGAGUCCAACGGCUGCUUCGGUUGACAGAAAUAACAAACAGGCUCUGCUGGGCGCCCGCGGAGCUCAGGGUCCGAGCUGGCAGGCCGGUCCUGAUAAAUACAGCCGACUGGACCGCCAGCUGCAGAGCGCCAACUCUCAGUUCAUAGAGGAGCAGCAGGUCCAGCAGCAGGUACACAGCACUGGCAGGUCCUAA